UCAACUACAAACAGAUGUCUCUCUCUCUACCAAAGGCACUAACUAUUAUACUAUAUAAAACCCCACAGGUUUCACACCCAUCAACACAUACACACACUAAAUUCUCUCUCCAUCCUCGUUCCCAUGUGAAAUCAAUGCUUGUUUCAGUGCGUAUCUAAAGAAAGGAAGUCAAAGGGAAAGGGCAAUGGGGAGUUACAGAGUAUGUUGUUGCUUUACUAGAAAGUUUAAGGUGACUGAAGCCGAUCCGCCGCCUGAUGUAAAAGAGGCGUUCGGAAAAUACUCCGACGACGGGAUCCAUAUGACUGCCGAUCAACUGCGACGGUUUAUUGAGGAGUGCCAGGGCGGCGAUGGUGUCUCCAUUUCAGAUGUUGAGCGUAUAGUGGAGCAGGUUCUUCACAAAAGGCACCCAAUUACUUCGUUAAUUAACAGGAAAACUUUUACUAUAGAGGAUUUUCAUCAUUAUCUCUUCAACUCCGACCUUAAUCCUCCAAUUAUUUCUCAGAUUCACCAAGAUAUGAAUGCUCCAUUGUCCCAUUAUUUCAUCUACACGGGUCACAAUUCGUAUUUGACUGGAAACCAGCUAAGUAGCCCUUGCAGUGAUGUCCCAAUCAUCAAAGCAUUGAAACGAGGUGUGAGAGUAAUCGAACUUGAUUUAUGGCCAAAUUCAUCUAAAGAUAAUGUUCAUGUUCUUCAUGGAAGGACCCUAACAACACCUGUGGAACUCAUAAGAUGCUUGAGAUCUAUCAAAGAACAUGCUUUCACAGCUUCUCCUUAUCCAGUCAUCAUAACACUCGAAGAUCAUCUUACCCCUGAUCUUCAAGCCAAGGUGGCUCAGAUGGUUACUGAUACAUUCGGGGAGAUGCUAUUUUGCCAUAACUCAGGUCAAAUGAAAGAAUUACCAACGCCUGAAAGUUUGAAGUAUAGGAUUUUAAUUUCAACGAAACCUCCAAAGGAGUACCUUGAAGCUGAGGAGGACAAGAGAACGAAAUCACAGAGAGUUAAAGAUAGUGGUGAAGAUGAUGUUUGGGGUGAGGAGCCCUCACGAGCCAUAGCAUAUAAAGACAAGAACGAUAAGUAUGAAAGUGAUGAAAGUUUCAUUGAUCAUGAUGCUGAAGAUUAUGAUUUAAAGAGAACGGAUUCAUGUCCUGCUUACAAGAGUUUGAUUGCUAUUCAUGCUGGUAAACCCAAAGGUGGACUUAUGGAGGCACUGGAAGUCGAAAAGGAUAAAGUUAGACGCUUAAGUUUGUCCGAACAGGGGUUGGAAAAAGCUGCAGAACACCAUGAACAACAAAUAGUGAGGUUUACCCAGAAGAACAUUCUUAGGAUAUAUCCGAAAGGCACUCGUUUUACCUCGUCCAACUACAAGCCACUAGUGGGCUGGCUACACGGAGCUCAGAUGGUUGCAUUUAACAUGCAGGGAUACGGACGAUCCCUUUGGUUAAUGCAUGGAAUGUUUAGAGCAAACGGAGGAUGUGGGUAUGUGAAAAAACCAGAUUUUCUAAUGACAAGUGGACCCAACAACGAGGUAUUCGAUCCCAAAGCAAAGCUUCAAGUGAAAACAACUUUAAAGGUGAAAAUCUACAUGGGAGAUGGAUGGCAUCUGGAUUUCAAGCAAACUCAUUUCGAUACAUACUCACCACCAGAUUUCUACACAAGGGUUGGUAUAUCGGGAGCACCUGGUGAUGAAGUGAUGAGAAAGACAAAGCCAAUGGAAGACAACUGGACGCCUGUUUGGAAUGAAGAAUUUGUGUUUCCAUUGACGCUUCCUGAAAUAGCUUUACUUCGAAUUGAAGUUCAUGAAUAUGAUAUGUCUGAGAAAGACGAUUUUGCUGGCCAAAUUUGUCUUCCUGUUUCUGAGUUGAGGCCGGGAAUCCGUGCGGUUCUUUUGUGCAACCGCAAAGGCGAUCCGUACACCUCUGCAAGACUACUGAUGCGGUUUGAGUUUGUACCCAAUGAGUCCUAAAAUCCCACGACUUUGUAAUUUAAUCCUACGGAAUAAAAUCUUUUUGCAUUUUCAAAUAAGGGUAAUCUAUAAUGAGAAGAAUAUGAUUUUCGUAUAUUGUCCAAAUAAGCCCAAUCAAGCCCAAU